GCAGAUUUGUGGGUGAUGUCGGUGAUGAAUCCCUUUCGCAUUGCCAAUGCUCAAGUUCUAUAAAUAACCGCACACCACGCGCAUAGGGCAGUCCAUGCGUUUCUAGGGUCCGAGUGUUCACACAUUCGCGGACAUAUUCGCUGGAACAUGACGAAGUUGACUGGCUUCAUCCCUCCGGUGCUCGUCAGUCUGACGGUGUUGCUGUGCCUCAGCUUGGCAAAGGGCGAAUUUGUGGUGCAGUUUGGGGACUCCUUCAAGAAGUGCUCAGAUACACACGGAAGCGAGAUGUUGCUCGAUCUGUCGGAAAUGCAGGUCAUUCCGGACGAAAACGACAGCAUGGUGUUGGAUGGCAAGGUGAAGCUAAACCGUGCCCUCGAGAGUCCGGUCGAGGUCAACGUGUACACGAAGCGACUCGAGAAGGGCGAAUGGAACGAUGCCGUGCUGGGUCGCAAGGUGCUGGAUAUCUGCCCGUUGCUGCAGGUUAGCACGGAACCGUGGUUCGUCAUCACCAGCAUGAUGGGCAAGAAGGAUUGUCCGUUCGGCGAAGGGCACGAGGAGUCGUUCAUGAUGCUUCCGGUCGGUGACUUUGGGUUCGAGAUUCCUCCCGAUUUCGUCGGAGAUUGGAAGGCGUUCUUCGACGUGACCUCUAAGGGCCAGACGACUUGCAUGAUGGCGGAGUUCAGUAUCGUUGAGGUGUAA